AUGAUUUCAUUGCGGACUAAGCCUAGUUUGGCCCAGAGGCGGCAGCAGCUUUUCUCGAGCAAGUCUGGAUCUCCCUCCGUUUCAUUGCUUAUCACCUCAGAAUUUCUCGUUCUUGCUCUCCUUCAGGAUGUAACGGAGAGAAUGUCUCAUACAAUUGGACAUCAGCUGAAUGUCUUUCGGCAAGCAGCGAGUCCGUUUCUUUUUUAUGACGCUCGAAUAAGCGUCAAUAUUGGUCUUGCAAUCCAGUUUAGACGGAGUUUCAUAACACAAAGCCCCUAUCGGUCCGGAGCAUUUCACGACUCUCAAUCCAGAAAUCACUCCAGAAUCAGUGGGAAACUUGCCUCUGGCAGUCUCUUACUGCUCGGACUCUCUACGAGCUCAGUUGUUGAAAACGGAGCAACUCGUACUGCUGUUGUUUCUAGCGGAGGAAAGGCGACAUCAUGUGCACCUAAAUUAUACCAGUAUUCCCGGCAGGGUGUACUAUCCAGAUCUUCGCGACAGAUCUGGAAGCGCGCCUUACAUACGAAACGAGACGAUCCUACUGAGAACCCAAGCAAUGAUUCCAAGAGCGAUAAAGUCACCCAGCAAUCCACCAAAGAAGACCAUGGAGAAUAUUCAUUACUGCAUCGGAAUAUCCGUGAACGCCUCCCCAAUCUUCACCAAUUCCAUCGACCAACAAAAGAAGAACUGUUAGCAGCAGCUACCGGGUUCUGGUCAAGGUUACGGGUCAGGUUCAAAUGGUUUUCCAUAAGGAGCGUUCGUCCAUUCAAUCUGGACGAAAUAGGCGCGCUUUUCUCAUGGGUCCUAUUAGGUCAUGUCCUCUGGGUGAUUCUUGGAACAACGACUUUUUUCUCUCUUAUUAUCCUCACAAUAAAUACUGUGUUCGCACAAGAAACUCUAGCUCGUUGGGUCGGAAAUUACCUCACAUCAUCCUCCGGAGUCCAAGUCGUCUUCGAAUCUGCCAUUGUGCCAAAAUGGAGAGACGGUGUUAUUACAUUCAAGAAUGUGUUCGUUUCCCGUAGACCCGGUCAUGGCCACGGAAAUGUAAGUAAGGGAUCAUCGAAGACAGCCGCCGCCGCCGCUGCAGCCGCUGCAGCGAGCGACGCGAAAGAAACCGAUUCGAGUAAUGUGGUCGCUGAAGAAGACACGAACUACACACAAUUUGACGUUUCCAUUGAUACUGUCAACGUGACACUGUCUUUCACCAAAUGGUUCAAUGGCAAAGGACUCUUACGGGAUGUGGAAGUCAAGGGAAUAAGGGGCGUCAUUGAUCGCACUCAUGUUCAUUGGACAGACGACAAUGCUGAUCCGAAGUCUUACCGCCAUGAGCAUAAUCCAGGAGAUUUCGAGAUCGAUUCUUUCAAGAUGGAAGAUCUUCUUGUGACAGUCUACCAACCUAACAAUUUCAGACCUUUUGCAGUGAGCAUAUUCUCUUGCGAUCUUCCGCAACUUAGAAAACAAUGGCUCUUUUAUGAUUUUAUGUCUGCGAACAUGAUGUCUGGGUCUUUUGACAACUCGCUUUUCACGAUUCACCCUCGUCAGACGAACAACUUUACUGGAGCUCAGUUGACUGCCAGCGGUGAGGAAACUGUAAAGGGGACGCCCUGGAAAAAACAAAGCAGAAUUAGAAUUGAUAGCCUCAAUAUCGAUCAUUUGAACCGUGGUGUCGAAGGCCCUUUCUCUUGGAUACACGAAGGUGCUGUUGAUAUCGUUGCAGAUAUUAUGCUCCCUGCAGACGACAAUGAGUCUUUGGCCAAAUUUGUCUCGGACUUUUAUGACCGAUUUGAAGCCACAGUAACAUCACAUAGUCAUACUGGAGCAACAGAUGAAUGUGCACAAAAUACCAACACACUGAGUCUUGUUCCGGCUGACGAUGGAAAUGAUAAACGAUUCAUCAUCACUGACCUACGCAUCCAUCUCACUAAUGUGCGGGCCGUUGUCCCAUUGUUUACAAAAGAUCUCUCAUAUAUCAACAGUGCUUUGAUUCGGCCAAUUGUGGCAUACAUCAACUCUCGACACACGUUCAUUCCUAUACACUGUCGACUUGUGAAGAGACUCAGCGACUUUGACGGGAGCUGGACUGUUUUUGACAGCGGUCUCAUGGAUGACCUCUCUGCUGCGGUACGCAUUCCCAACGUUCACGAUUCGUGAUAGCAAGCUAACCAUUCUUCCAGGCAUACGAUGCGUUCGCCGCGGACGUAAUGGACGAACAAGCACGCAUGCGACGAUUCAAGAAAGUUGGCUUCUGGUCGCUACAGCUCGCCGCGCAGGCCAUCUUCCUCGGCAUGGCCGGAAAUAUUGUUUAAACAUACUGUACGAUAAUGACCGUUCUCGACCAUCAUUGCAGGCGUUAUCAGGGUUCUCUCGCGGCGUUACAUUAUAUACACUGUCUCUUUUCUUGGGGUGCCAAAGGCAGCAGUCUGAUAGCUCUUUUGAAAAGUACAUUGUGUUCAGGAAGUAUGCGAUAUGAAUGAAGCAGACUGGGGUUCUCUCGGCGACAGUCAAAAACUGUAGUUUUUGGCAUGGCGAUAUCCUGGAAAAUAAAUAUGUGUAAAUAUAAUGAUCUGAUUACAGCACCUAAUCUUAUGAAAUCUCUUCUUUAGUCACUAGCAUUU